AUGGAUUCAACAAAAAACAGCAGUGAAAUGGCAAUCAACGUAUCAGAAUCACGAUCCGGCAAAGGAAAAGCUGCUGCUGUUGCCGCCGCUCCUGCGGUGGUUACGGCCACCACAAAAGCUACCCCAUACAAGGCAGGAGGAUGGAAAAGAGGCGUCGCCAUUUUCGACUUCAUUCUGAGGCUUUGUGCCAUUACAGCUGCUUUGGCUGCCACCACUACUAUGGGAACUACUGAUCAAACCCUCCCCUUCUUCACUCAGUUCUUUCAGUUCCAAGCAAGCUAUGAUGAUUUCCCUGCUUUCUCGUUUUUCGUGAUUGCGAAUGCCAUAGCUAGUGGAUACCUUGUCCUCUCUUUGCCCUUCUCAAUUGUGUGCAUUGUUCGUCCACAUGCAGCAGGAGCGAAGCUCCUCCUCCUCAUCUUUGACACUGUGAUGGUGGCUCUUACCACGGCCGCCGCAGCUGCCGCCGCCGCCAUCGUGUACUUAGCACACAGUGGCAAUUCAAGCACAAACUGGCUGGCCAUUUGCCAACAGUUCACCGACUUCUGCCAGCGUGUCAGCAGCGCGGUGGUGGCUUCCUUCAUCGCCGCCGUGUUCUUCCUGUUCCUGGUGGUCCUCUCUGCGGUGACUCUCCGCAAGCACUAG